CGUUGUUUUUGCCUUUCUUUGCGUUUUUUCCGUCCCCCCUUUGGCUCGUAAAAAUCAUUGAAUGGCUUGAGCUGCAGGGGGGGGGACGUGGGGGGCUGCUCAUGCAGGCAGCUCCGAGGGGGUUACAGCGAGCCAGGGAGGGGGCACGCGGUGCUGAUCCCCCCCAAGAGGAAUUGUUUUCUGCACCGUGUGAGGCCGGGAGCGCUGUGUCCUCCAGGGACAGACGGCCGCUUGUCUCGUGCUUCGUUUGCCACGAGCUUCGUCCUCCCCUGGAGAUGGACCUGGGGGGAGGGAGCUGAUAAGGGGGGGCCCAGCACACAGCCCCAUUGUGCGCCCCUACUUCGUUCCCGGCCCCAAGGUGACAGCAGGGGAGCCUCUCGGGUGGCUUUGGGUGGGGCUGGGGGGGUGGCAGGAGGGACCCCCCCACGGGAGCCCCGCAGGAUGGCAUCGGUGAGCUGGGAACUCGAUGUGGGGGGCAGGAAUUUAAUCUGUGUGGCAAGGAGCAGCGUCCCUGGGGGGAACUGGUGCCCAGGGGGUCUCUGCCCGCACCAGGGGCUGCGGAGCCCUGCGUGGUGCUGACAUUUUUCCCUGAAUUCCCCGGCUCUGUGGCCUGCGAAUAAAAGCACGCUUGUUAGCCGGGAGCGCUGUGUUUUUGCCCAGCAGAACAAUAAAGAGAAAGAUGCUCACAAUGGGAAAUUGUGCUUCCUCCUCCCCGUGCGUUCCUCGGGGAGGUGUUUGGGGAAAAAAAAAGAAAAGAAAAAGAGAGAAGAAAGCGGGAAGAGACGGGGACGGGGCAGGGAGCGAGGGCACAGCCAUGGGAGCAGGCACGAAGGGGCCGUGGGGCCGCGGGGCUGCCGGGACGCUGCCAGCCCACAGACGGUGACGGUGACGGUGACAGCAGCGCUGGCCCACGGGGAGGGCAGGGGCCAGCUGGGAGCACCCAAGGCCACCCUUGCACCCCCGCGUCCCCUCUUCCUGGCAGCACCACGGCGCAGGUUUGAGCUUCCCGGAGCCCUCGGUGCCAUGUCGGGGCGGCUGUGACGGAGCCGGGACACGGGCGCUGGGCGCUGGGGGGUGGAUGGCCACGGCGGCUCCCCUGGGGAUGAUGUCCCCUUCGCAGGGCAAGCAUUGAGAUGAUGGCUGCGGAUGUCCCCACCGCGUCCUCUGGUCCCCAGCAAGGCCGGGGGCCGUCCCGCUGCACGUCCCUGAGCCCAUCACUCCCCGCUGGCACCCUCCUGCCCCCAGCUCCAAAGAUGUUCCGGCUUCUCCUGCUCAGCUCCCUCUGGCUCCUGGCAGCGUCCCCAGCCUCCAGCAUCUUCCAGCGGCCCACGGGGAGCCCGGCUGCCCCGCGCCUGCAGUACCUGCUGGAGCCCCUGCACGGCGCGGUGCACACGCAGCGCGGUGCCACCGCCACGCUGCCCUGCGUCCUGCGCGCCCUGCCCCGCAACUACCGGGUGAAGUGGAGCAAGGUGGAGCCGGCCAACUACGGAGAGAGCGUCAUCAUCAUCACCAACGGGCUGUACCACAAGAACUACGGGCCCCUCAGCCCCCGGGUGCGCCUGCGGCACAGCCACCGCUACGACGCCUCGCUCACCAUCACGGACGUGGCCUUGGAGGACGAGGGGCGCUACCGCUGCCAGCUGGUCAACGGGCUGGAGGACGAGAGCGUCUCGCUCACGCUGCACCUCGAGGGCGUCGUCUUCCCCUACCAGCCCAGCAACGGGCGCUACAAGUUCAACUACCACGAGGCCAAGCGUGCAUGCGAGCAGCAGGACGCCCGGCUGGCCACCUACCAGCAGCUCUACAAAGCCUGGACGGAGGGCUUGGACUGGUGCAACGCGGGCUGGGUCCUCGACGGCACCGUGCACUACCCCAUCAUCAACUCCCGCGAGCCGUGCGGCGGCCGCCUCCUCCUGCCCGGCGUCCGCACCUACGGGGCCAGGGACAAGCAGCGGGACCGCUUCGACGCCUUCUGCUUCACCUCGGCGCUGCAAGGCGAGGUCUACUUCAUCCGGGGCCACCUGAGCUUCAAGGAGGCCGGGCAGGCGUGCCGCAACCACGGGGCCGCCAUGGCCAAAGUGGGGCAGCUCUACGCCGCCUGGAAGUUUUCCGGGCUGGAUCGCUGCGACGGGGGGUGGCUGGCGGACGGCAGCGUGCGGUACCCCAUCACCGCCCCCCGGCAGCGCUGCGGGGGGCUGCCCGAGCCCGGCGUGCGGAGCUUCGGCUUCCCCAGCAAGGAGCAGCGGACCUACGGCACCUACUGCUUCGCGGGGGCGUAGGAGAGGUGGGCUGAGCCCAGGGGACGGCACCGGCCCUCGGCACCCUGGUGGGGAGCUCGAGGUGGGGCUGGGGGUCUCGGGGUGGUGUUGGGUGGCUUGUGCAUCCUCUGGGGGAGCGGUGGGGCUGAAUUGGGGUGGCUCGUGCAUCCUCUGAUGGUUUGUGCAUCCUCUGGUGGAGCCAUGCAUCCCCUGAUGGAGUGAUGGGGCUGAAUUCAGGUGGCUCCUGCAUCCUCUGGUGGAGCUGCUCCCCCCAUCCCAGCUGCUCCAGGGCUCGCCGGGCACUGGGGGGCUCGCUGGAGAAGCCGGUCCCAUUACCAGCCCUGGAAAGGGGGCUCCAAUACCCCCCAUCCCCCCACCCCCAGUGUUUCCCUCGCCCCAUUCUCACUCCCCGCAGCCGCGAGGACUGGCCGGUGCAGGCGCGCUGGAGAGCUGGGCAUUAACGAGCGUGACUAAUGGAGUUUCGCUUUCUUAAUUAAUAAAGCGACGGUAAAGCUG